CCUGCCAUCCAUGAAGAGGGCAGCUGCGCCAGAUCUGGAGUCCCAGGUGAUGCACAGAAAUAGAAAGUCGGGGCUUGAAUCGUACUUUGCAGCCCGGCGGCGCCGUGUUGGACUCCGUCUCUGUUUUGGAAAAUCGUGCAGGCAGGACGUGCGCCUGCUUCCCUAUAUCUUCACGUGCCGCGCGCCCGGGCGGGAACACGCCAGCUCAGGCAGGAAAACAUGGGACAAGUUCGCGAAGAUCAAUGAUCCAGACGCGGGGAUGUGGAUGGUGGGUUAUGGAGUUCCUUCAGUCCUCUGUGCUUUGAUCAGCUGGAAACCUCUCGUUUCAGAACACUUGGCGUGGCGGCGUGUGGCCGAUCUUCACGUCAUGAUCUCCAGCAGCGUCGUCAUCAUGUUGGGUUGGAGAAUCCACAAAGAGCAAAUCACACAGAUCUUUCAGCAGGAGGAGGGCAGAGAAUUUUUUGGUCUGUUGUUGACGUCCAUGUGGCUUCUGCUGUGUCGACACUCUGGGAGAAGUGCAGUGGGAAAACUACGAGUCUUCACUGCGGUGGCCAUCACUCUGUUCCCCUUCAUCACAUGGUUUUAUUACCACGUCAACAAAGAGCUGAGGUCUGAGUGGCCGUCGCACUGUAAAACAGCCAUUUAGACGCAGUCAGGGAGCUUUUUUUUUAUGACUGAAAUCCACUGUGGACAAAGUUUGCUGCUUCAAUAAAAGUGUUUUUGUAUCAUCACAUACAA